AUGUCGUUCGAAUCACAAUUGACCCCGAAGUUUGCGCCUUUUCUGGGAAUGGCUGGCGUGGCAUUCGCCAUGAUAUUCGGAUGUGUCGGUGCGGCAUACGGCACAGCGAAGUCAGGCAUCGGUAUUGCGAACGUCGGCACAUUCAGACCAGACCUUAUCAUGAAGUCGUUGAUUCCUGUCGUCAUGUCUGGUAUUAUUGCGGUCUACGCACUGGUGGUGGCAGUCCUCAUCGCCGGUAACAUGAAACCACCACCAGAGGGAGACUAUAGCUUGUUCCACGGCUUCAUGCAUCUAGCGUGUGGUCUAUCGGUGGGCUUGACUGGAGUUGCUGCUGGCUACGCCAUAGGUAUCGUGGGCGACUCUGGUGUACGUGCAUACAUGCAACAAUCUCGAAUCUUCGUGGGCAUGGUUCUCAUUCUUAUUUUCGGCGAAGUUCUUGGUCUUUAUGGCGCCCUUACAGAGCUUCAACCGACUCUCAGCCCACAAUUUGGCGAUCUCCACCGAAAAUAUCGGAUUCAAAAAGAUCGAUUAAUUGCGUGGGGAUUGGCAUGGAGCGAUGAUGGGAAGGGACCCGAUGGUAACAUCGACGAGUCUGUUGCCCGAGCGGGUCUCACAGAAACUGUCGAUAGCGUUCUCCGCAAUAUCAAAGAAGUGACGGAGGAAGCGGAGAGAAUUCGCAGAGCAAGUUUACCUGGUGCUUCCAACAAGGAUGGUGUCAAACUGCUUGCACCUGUCGAUUUUGAUGAAACACGUUACGAGGACCUACUCCGCGAUCUCACGACAUCUAUUGACAUCUUGUACGACUUGUCCGACUCGCGACGUGCCCUGGCACGCGGCGAACAUCCUCGAUUUGACAGUUCAACAAUCCAUACAUAUCCUGCAGAGAAGUCAGGAGCAGGAGAAUUUUCCUUGAAACGAAAAGCCACCAGCGGUCCUGAAAGUGGUUUCGGUUCAGAGAAACGUUCGCUUAACCCUGCUUUCCAGGAGCCACUCCUGCCAUCAUACACAGGCUUAUCACGUCUCCCUCCUAAAAUCGAGCCAGCGGCACUUUACUUACCGGUCGGUUCAUCGCCACCUCCGUACGAAGCUCUAGGAGUCCCGUCUACGACUCGUUUGAUCGCUCAGAUUGAGCUCAAUGAUGCUCCUAAGGGUAUUCAGAUGCGACUCGGCGAUGGUCCACGGCAAGCCGCAGUUUUGGUAGAGUAUGCACAAUUUGAUCCUGCGUAUCGUGAUACGGGAGUUCCCCCACCUCUUGAGCGACUUGAGGCAUUGGCGCCUCUACUUUCAUACGUUCGGCCGGACAAUCGACCCGCAUUCAGCCUACUGGGUUAUUUCGAAGAUCCAAUACAACCUCGAAUCGGCCUCAUUUAUGAGCUUCCUAAUUCUAUCCGGAGGCAACUCGAAGCAGGACUGGAACCCAAUCUUGGCGUUCCGCUCAGUCUGCUCCGAAUGGUGCAACGCACGAACAAGGCACAAACAACAAACAAUGAAUCGACCACUCCAGCUCUUGAAGACAGAUUCCGAAUGGCUCUGCGUCUGGUGGAACAAUUAUACUCGCUUCACAAUCGAGAAAUUGCGCACUGCAAUAUCAACAGCAGCAGUAUCGUUUUUGCAACUAGCGCUAACGAUACAGGCACAACCAGGUUCGAUGCACUACGUGCACCCGUGUGGACAUCAUUUGAUUUGUUCUCCAAAUGCACCGUUGAAGGGCCUAGAGCCGACGAGGGAGUGAACAUAUACAAACAUCCCUUGGAUAUUCCAACCUACACCGAUCGAGACUUUCAGGCAGACUUCCAAUUUGAUCUUUAUGGUCUGGGUCUGAUCCUGCUCGAGAUCGGCCUCUGGAUGCCCAUUGGAGAUUUGUAUAAGCAGCGCUACAGUGUUGCUGAUUUCAAGCUCCGUGUCGAGAAAAUAUGGAUCCCCAAGCUUGCCGCCAAAUGUGGCACCGCAUACCAACAGGCGGUGGCAGAGUGUCUGGCCCUUUCUGACAAUCCGAAAGGAUCAAAGCUGGCUGUUGAGGGCGUUUAUGGUGUCUUGCUCCAGUAUUUGCGGCGAUGCGUUCUGAUUGAUGAGAUCGGUUCCUCUUCAGAACUCGUUCCGGUGGCAGCCUUUGAGGCUGGGCACGAGACACUUUCCACUACAGCUUCCGAGCAGCCCUUCACGCCGCCACCACAGCAGCAGCAGCAGCAGUAUGGCGAACUCGCCGUUGGUUGGGAGGAGAAGACUACAGCGGACGGACGGACUUUUUACAUCGAUCACAACACCAGAACGACUACAUGGGCCGAUCCCAGAACCUCCGCACCACCCGCAACUCAUGCGCAUCGCACAAUGUCCGAAGCUCUGAUGACGCCACCGCCAGUCUCACAGCAACAGAGAACAAUGGAUGGAGCCACGCCCGCGCGGUUCCAUCUCACGACGACGCCCUCCACGCGGGACUUCAAACGACGCAUAAUUUUUAUACAACAGCUAUGGCGGGCACGUCAAGCUUCUAGGAAAGCCACAUUACAAAUAGGCGCUGGACCAGGGAUGAUGCCUCGCACUCGAGCCCGACAUAGCGAUGCCGCUACAAGCCCACGCGAGAAGCGCUAUGAAUUUCCCGAGAUUCCAUUAGCCCCUGAAAUACUAGAGCACUGGCAAAGCAAUGCUUGUUUCCAAUUGCAAUCAUUAGUUGAGAGAGCACUUCGAGGCUCACUGGAGUCAAGUUCGAUCCGCCUUGUGGCAUACGGCACGACGCCUACGACAGCGCGGCCUACAUUCAUCGUUGGAUGUACCUCGACCGCCAAGGUUAAGAACAUUCUCAAAAGGCACUUCAAAUACGAUUCAAGCACCUUUGACGUCCGUGUGAAGAAAGAGGAUGUCCGACGAUGUCGAGGACCAAAACGUGAUCCUUUCUCAUCUCACGCACGAAGGAGUGUAGCAGCUAUGCGUGAUCCAGAUGUACCCGUUGCUGCAAAUCCCGACUACCAGGAGCGUCCGAUGUGUGGUGCAUCCAUCGGAGCCUAUAGGGAUGAUGAGCAUUUACCACCUGCAUCUUUUGGAGGGAUCAUACUUGUCGACAGGAAGCCUUACGGCAUGAGUGUUCAUCACAUGCUCGAGCUUGAUGAUGAUGAAGAGGUUCCGGCUCAGCCGGAUGAGGCGAUGGAUGAUGACGAAUCUGAAACAUCAAGCCUUAUCGAGGAUAACGACGACAUGAUUUCGGAAGAUGACGACCAAAGCACCGUGCGACCACCAUCUGUUUUCAUGGAUGAUGAUGAUUCUGCGGAGCCGAUGAGCGAUGCUGCGGGAGAUGCCCCAGGUAUCAUGCCAGGAGACUUCGAGGAGAUCAUCAUCACGCAGCCUGCUCUGGACGAUGCCAUUGAUCUUGACCUGCACGUCGACGAAAGUGAUUCUGAUUCUGACUCAGGUAUUGACGAGGACCACUUGCUUUCCUACAAAUUCGGCCAGGUUCAUGCAUCGUCUGGACUACGUCGGACGGUGAAGUCUUUCGAAGGUGGAUUCAAAAGCAUCAGCCAGUCGCUGCCGCAAGAGAUUGACUGGGCUCUGUUUGAGCUUCUACCACCAAGGACCUAUCAUGCCAACGCUGUACGCGGAGGGUCCAAGUUCUGCGCAAGAAGUAACCGUCGUACGGGUGAUUCCUUCCCAGGAGCCAUCCGCAGCAGCACCGACCUUGCAUGCGUCAAGGUUCAUUGUCGAGGCAGGACCAGCGGCCUUGGCAGCGGUAUGAUUUCUAGCACCAUGGAGCUCGUCAAGAUCCAUGGCCGCCAUACCUUCUCUGCUAGUUGGACAGUGGCCGGCGAUUUUGGAGUGGGCGGUGACUCAGGAGCAUGGGUGGUCAGCAACGAUGACGGGAGAGUAUGUGGGCACGUGCUGGCGGCGAAGAAAGGUCGAACUUACAUUUGCCCGAUGGAUCUGUUGAUAGAAGACAUCAAGCUGACGCUAGGAGCGGAUGAGGUUGUGCUGCCCAUGGAAUUGAAUACUGGAGAGGUCGUCGUUCCGAGGAGACGUGAAGACGAGCAGAUGAUGUCGGAAGCGAUCGAUCGUUUACGACUCAUGGAAACAGAGAGUGGAGGCGGUGUCAAAGUGCCGCCAAGUCCGAGCCGUCCUGCGCCUGUUUCACCAUUCGCAAGGGCAGAAGGAUCCAUGCAAACCGCUAGAUGA